UUCAGAGGAAUACUCUGGCCCUGGGCUCGAGCGAGUUCGCUCGCCCCGAACUCUACCUAGUGUUCACAUACGGCUCCAAGAACAAGUGCGAGUAAGGGGGCCAAACUAACCGCGAAAAAGGCUUACAACGAGGGACCCACCAGCAGCAGGGUAAACUGCACCCAUCAGGUAGAUAUUGUCACUGUCUAACGCCGGAAAAGCACGGAGGGGUGGACAAGCCACCUUUAUCCCUGGGAUUUACCCCCCAGAACACCUUGAGGCUGAGGUGCCCUCCGAUCGCUAGACUUGCAUCCUCCCAAUUGUCAUGCCUUCAUCAGUAAGGUCCGUCAGUUCCACCCGGUCGCUUCGUCCUCGGACGACGACCUCGACAAACGUUGCCACCACUACUACCACCACUACAGCCACCAAUACAGCCACCACUACAGCCAACCAGUUCGCUUCCUUGCAACAGGAAGGCACUGUACCACCACCCAGAGGCUACAACCGUGUCACGGCGGAGCUGGACCUCGAGACGCUUAGCGCGGAGAUGCAAAUCGUCCGCGAUAAGUAUCGCGAGGCCUACCUCCGCAUCGAGCGGGACGACGCCUCCAACCCCCUUCUGCAGCGAUAUGCACACGAUUUUCCGCCUUUAACACCAGCACAGGCUGGUCCUCAGCGUCAGAGCACUCGGAAUAGGCAGGGUGCUAUACCAAAAAUUCCAACCCAACCGUCUAAACAAGUGUAAUGUAUGCACUUGCGUCUAGAAAGCAUACCAACAAAUCAGGCGAUUCGGUAUCGAUAUCAAAUUCAGAUCGAUACAAUCGAAUUGAACGUAGUAGCUCGGAGUUUUAUGUCAUCGGGAGAACAAUAACAUACCGAAAUUAAAUUAAAUGGGUUUAUGGUAAUGGUAGUUGUGACAAAUAAAUGGAAGAACUAACAUUAUUUAAAUUAGUUGCAACACAGAUUAUAGAUUAUGCAUUUUAGGUAAAAAUGUAUUGCCUAAAUAAAAGCAGUGGAAUUUCUUCCAACAGGAUUUUAGAUUGGGGUAGAAUGAAAACACUAAGUAGAUUUGUGUACUAAGUACUAAUAACUGAAGAAAGGAAAAAUGCAAGUGCAUAUUUGAUGAUAACAUACUUUAAAAAGUCUACCAAGUACACUUUUGACAAGAAGAAUCCAUAAUAUUAAUUUUAGGGCUCUUAUUGUACAUUGUAGUCCAAUUAUUAGAUCGGAUUUGUAUACCUAGUUUCUUCCAUUCACCAUUUUAGUAACUGUUUUGGAAAACAUGAAUUUAACAAAUAAAAUUAGGCUUGAUAUUACUGACCACAUUAUCAAAAUUGAGCAUAAUGGCGUUUAAAACAUUGUCAUGGCAGAAUGUGUCAGUUAAAAUGAUAUUUUUUCAUUUGUAAAUUAGUCUUAUUUUGUGUUUAUGACUAUAUUAAAUAAAUACCAAAUUUU